UAUUUAAAAUAUUGGCAGCUAAAAGCUCUUCGCAGACUCCCUUUUUGUGGAUUGUGGAAUUGGAAUAACUGAUUUUGAUACAGUCUCUGUGUCUGUUAUCUAGCCUCAGCCCUUCAUAUCUCUUCAGAUUUCUUCAUAGUACCUGUAUUUUCUCGAUACUACAAUGCGUGAGUACAAGUUGGUUGUCUUAGGAUCUGGUGGUGUAGGCAAAAGUGCUUUGACUGUGCAAUUUGUACAAGGUAUCUUUGUAGAGAAAUAUGAUCCUACAAUUGAAGACUCGUACAGAAAGCAAGUUGAAGUUGACGGUGCUCAGUGUAUGCUGGAAAUCCUAGACACUGCAGGAACUGAACAAUUCACUGCAAUGCGUGACCUGUACAUGAAGAAUGGUCAAGGCUUUGUUCUUGUCUUCUCCAUUACGUCUCAGUCAACAUUCAAUGAUCUUGGUGACCUCAGAGAUCAGAUCCUCAGAGUGAAAGAUGCCGAUGACGUCCCAAUGGUUCUAGUUGGUAACAAGUGUGAUUUAGAAGAUGAGAGAGUCGUAGGGAAGGACCAAGGUCUCAACUUGGCACGACAAUGGAACAACAUUACAUUCAUGGAAUCAUCGGCCAAAGCUAAAAUCAACGUAUCAGAAAUAUUUUAUGAUCUCGUUCGUCAAAUAAACUCGAAGCAACCCGAGAAAACAGUGAAAAAGAAGAAGGGUUGUACUUUAUUGUAACUUCAUGUGGACAUACUAUUAAUUAUUAUUAUUAUCAUUAUUAUGUGUAUGAGGUUCUGACUGCUUUAUUGUUUCUCUAUCUGCGUUUCUUAAAUUUUUUUCUCUCUUUGUC